GUCUGGUCAUUGACCUUAUCUGUUUGGAGAGGAAGAAACGGAGCAAAAACAACAUGUUUCCCUUCCGUGAAGGUUAAAGAAAGGGCAGCUAGGAAACUUAACAGUUUCUAGCCGUCCCAACAUCUACUUGGAGAUUACCGUCAGUGACGUUCAACAAAGCGCCAGUGGACCCUGACCCCGCAUGGACACGCCCCUUUUUCUACUCGCCAGGCUGCAAAUGGCCGCUCCGUACCUCCCUACUCCGAACUUCAACCCAGAGAUCAAAUUUACUCAGAUUUAAAAGAUGGCGUACCUACUGCAAGUCUGCGUGAAAGCGGGUCUUAAUUACCUCAACCCAACGCAGUUCAGCGAUUUUGAAGCAAGGAAGGAAAAAGUGUCAGUUUCCAACCCGGCCAAGUUUUUCCGCGAGCAUGGUCGUGACUACCUCGUGUGCUGUGCUGACUUUAAAGACAAGGCACUUGUGUUGGCGAGACCAACGGACUUGUCUAAAGUUAAGGCAGCUCCAUUCAUAAGAGAGCCCUUGAUGUCGACAGCUGAAGAACUACUCGUGAUACCAUUUUCCCAGUUGGCAGAUGUCGCUACUGAAGUUGCCAAAGACGUUGAACAUGUCACAACUAUUUUCCUCCAUCAUACAAUGCGAUGCGGCUCGACACUGCUGGUCAAAGCUCUACAAGCAAGUGGUGAGAUGCACACGAUUUCUGAAUCCGACGUGCACACCAAUUUCUCACGUUACGCCCUCCAAAAGGAUACAUCUUUGGAUGAGAAGGAAAUGCUCAUGACCGUCGUAAGACACACCAACACCCUUUUCAACUACUCCCUGUUACAGGACAAUCCUUCCAAAACAAUAACCUGUUACAAAUUGCGUGGCCAGGUUCUUCCCAUUGCAGACCUGUUGCAAACCGCAUUGCCAAGAGUGAAGAACAUCUUCCUGUAUCGGGACGUCGUCGGAUAUGUGGACUCUAACCUCCAUCUCAUGGCAGAGGGCCGCUAUUGGAAGUACUGGCUUCAAACUGCUCUUAAACGUGAUAUCAAGUAUGUUGAGAACAUAGGUGACAUAGUGUUCCCUGCUCCAUGGGAUGUCCCUGUGUUUACUUCCAUUCCCGUUACCCAUGGUGUCGUUUGGUUCUUUGCUUGUAUUUGGCUCAUGUUUAUGAAAAAAGCAAAUGAGCUGACGAAAGAUGACCCACAUAAAUGCUUCCAUGUGAUACUGAGAUACGAUGAGUUAUGUAGGUAUAAGGAGGGCAUGGUUCUGAAAGUCAUGGAUAUUCUCGGAAUCAGAUGUCGAGAUAAGGAUGCAAAACAGAAAAUACGAGACGUGUUCGGUGUGGAUAGUCAGGCGGGCCAUAGAUUGUCUAGUAGGGGGCCGAGUGGGGGAGGCAGAUGGGUGGGGGAGUGGGAGAUGGGGAUCAUUUCAAAGGUUCUUGAACAUGCUAACAUGGAAAUCAACCAACCAGACUUUGUAACCAACGGGACUCUCACCCAGAUUUGAAAAAUAUUCGUAACUGAAGGUACAUCAACAAGAGUUCGGAGACCUCUUACCUCCAUGAGAAAUUAUGAUUAUACAAAUGACUUUCACAUCUGCUUAAUUUAUGCUUGGUUACAUACACCUGUAACUAACUUACACAGGUCACAAUGUUGACAAUCUAAUCAUUUACUACGAAACUUUCACCCAAAUUUGAAAAAAAUCGUAAUUUAAGCUACGUCAAUUAAGUUCACAAGAUGGAAGAAAACAGAAAUAAUUUUUCAUUAUCCUAAUGCUGAUGUAUUUGACAAAGUGCAGAUAAAACAGGAUAUAUUUAUGCAUACUUAGAUAACUAUAUCAAUUUCCAAGUUAAGAUAUUAAUGAUCGAGGUCUUUUGCAUCGUCUGUUGUUGACUCUGGCUUUUUUAUGUAUUUGACUUUGAGUAUGGUUGGCUACCUAAAUGAUUGAUAUAC